ACUGAGGCACGAAGCCAUGAAUUGGUUGACUACUCUUGCUUUUGCAGUUUUACUGCUGUCGAUUCAAUGCGAAUUUACGCAAAGCGCAUCAUCUAGCUCAUCAGAAAGUCCAUGGGCCAAUCCAGCCGAAGCAAGCUCAUUAAUGAGCUGUUUGAUUACAAAUCUCGCGGACUCAGAUGUCUUACCUGAACAGGAGAAAGAAGACUUGGAAACAGUUGCGGACACUCUUAUGUCCGCAAUAAAUGGGGCAAGUGCCAAAGGCAAAAGCUCUAGAGCAACACUGCAAGCGAUAAACAUGGCAGUUGCAUCUUCCCUUGCAGAACUAGUGGUUGCAGAAGAUUUAGGUAACCAGGCAAGCAUUGCUGUAAAAACACAGGCACUUUCAGGAGCUUUAGAGCAAUGUUUCCAAGAAGUAAUGGGAACUGUUGACAGAAGGUUUAUAACAGAAAUAAAUGAUUUGAUAACAAUGUUUGCUAGAGAAGCUGCCGAGGACAAUAAAACUGAAAUCGGUGAAGGAGAAUUGAUUGAAUCUAGUUCUUCAGAUUCGUCAUCAUACCGAGAAACCAGUCAGUCAGCUUCUAGCACUUACCAGUCUACAAACACAUUCCAAGAAUCAACUCGGACAGCUGAAGGAUAUGGAAAAGCAUAUUUUGGAACUCAAAAUUCACGACCUCGACCAAUUGGUACAGGACCAUUGAAUUCAUACACGAGACCUGCGCUUAUCGAAAGAAUUGCAAAUGCAUUAGUUACUACAUCAACAUUCAAGACGGUUUUGAGAACAGGAAUAUCCCAGGACACUCUGUCUAGAGUAUUACAGAGAAUCGUACAGUCGCUCGCUAAUGCUCUCGGCAUCGACGGAAAUAAUUUAUACAGAAUAGCAUUAGAAGCCUGCACGAAAGUUCCUGCAGGUUCUGAUACUAAUGCUUAUGCUCUAGCAUUUUCUACUGCUUUAAUCAAUGCCGGAAUUCUGAAUGACACAAAUAUCGAUAUUUUGGGAUCACGAGUCUUGACAGCCGUUUUGAACGGAGUAUCAGAUGUGGCGAAAGCCUUUGGUAUCAAUUUGGAACUUGGCAAUGUACAAAAUGACAUUCGAUCCAGCGUAAGCCUGCUAUCAACGAGCUCUUCGUCGUCCAGUUUCUCUCAGACAGCUGCUUCAACUACCAGUAGUUCUGCUACGUCAAUUGUUGGACAAGGCGCUAGAUCCGGAUUUGCCACCAGAUUUGCAAAUGCAUUAGCUACUACAUCCACAUUCAGGACAGUUUUGAGAAGAGGAAUAUCCCAAGAUACUCUAUCUAGAGUGGUACAGAGAAUCGUACAGUUGCUGGCUAAUGUUCUCGGCAUCGACGGAAAUAAUUUAUCUAGAAUAAUAUUAGAAGCCUGCACUAAGGUUCCUGCGGGUUCUGAUACUGAUGCUUAUGCUCUCGCAUUUUCUACUGCUUUAAUCAAUGCCGGAAUUCUGAAUGACACAAAUAUCGAUAUAUUAGGGUCACGAAUCUUGACAGCCGUUUUGAACGGUGUAUCAGAUGUGGCGAAAGCCCUUGGUAUAAAUUUAGAACUUGGCAAUGUACAAAAUGACAUUAGUUCCAGCAUAAGCUUAUUAUCAACGAGCUCUUCGUCGAGUAGUUUCUCUCAGACAGCUGCAUCCUCUACUACUGGUGCUGCUACGACAAUUGUUGGACAAGGUAAUGGACUGUUAAACGGUGUACCUGUUGUUUCUCCGAUUCUCGAUGCUGUAAUUGGAAGAGGCGAUGGAACCGGACUUGUCGCCCGAAUUGCAAACGCAUUGUCGAAUACAUCGACGUUCAGGACAGUUGUGAGGAGAGGAGUAUCCCAAGACACCCUAUCUAGAGUAUUACAGAGAAUCGUACAGUCGCUGGCUAAUGCUCUCGGCAUCGACGGAAAUAAUUUAUACAGAAUAGCAAUAGAAGCCUGCACUAAAGUUCCUGCAGGUUCUGAUACUAAUGCUUAUGCUCUAGCAUUUUCUACUGCCUUAGUCAAUGCCGGAAUUCUGAAUGACAGAAAUAUCGAUAUUUUGGGAUCACGAGUCUUGACAGCCGUUUUGAACGGAGUAUCAGAUGUGGCGAAAGCCCUUGGUAUCAAUUUGGAACUUGGCAAUGUACAAAAUGACAUUCGAUCCAGCGUAAGCUUAUUGUCAACGAGCUCUUCGUCGAGUAGUUUCUCUCAGACAGCUGCAUCCUCUACUACUGGUGCUGCUACGACGAUUGUUGGACAAGGAAAUGGACUGUUAAACGGUGUACCUGUUGUUUCUCCGAUUCUCGAUGCUGUAAUUGGAAGAGGCGAUGGAACCGGACUUGUCGCCCGAAUUGCAAACGCAUUGGCGAAUACUUCGACGUUCAGGACAGUUGUGAGGAGAGGAGUAUCCCAAGACACUCUAUCUAGAGUAUUACAGAGAAUCGUACAGUCGCUGGCUAAUGCUCUCGGCAUCGACGGAAAUAAUUUAUACAGAAUAGCAUUAGAAGCCUGCACGAAAGUUCCUGCAGGUUCUGAUACUAAUGCUUAUGCUCUAGCAUUUUCUACUGCUUUAAUCAAUGCCGGAAUUCUGAAUGACACAAAUAUCGAUAUUUUGGGAUCACGAGUCUUGACAGCCGUUUUGAACGGAGUAUCAGAUGUGGCGAAAGCCCUUGGUAUCAAUUUGGAACUUGGCAAUGUACAAAAUGACAUUCGAUCCAGCGUAGGCCUGCUAUCAACGAGCUCUUCGUCGUCCAGUUUCUCUCAGACAGCUGCUUCAACUACCAGUAGUUCUGCUACGUCAAUUGUUGGACAAGGCGCUAGAUCCGGAUUUGCCACCAGAUUUGCAAAUGCAUUAGCUACUACAUCCACAUUCAGGACAGUUUUGAGAAGAGGAAUAUCCCAAGAUACUCUAUCUAGAGUGGUACAGAGAAUCGUACAGUUGCUGGCUAAUGUUCUCGGCAUCGACGGAAAUAAUUUAUCUAGAAUAAUAUUAGAAGCCUGCACUAAGGUUCCUGCGGGUUCUGAUACUGAUGCUUAUGCUCUCGCAUUUUCUACUGCUUUAAUCAAUGCCGGAAUUCUGAAUGACACAAAUAUCGAUAUAUUAGGGUCACGAAUCUUGACAGCCGUUUUGAACGGUGUAUCAGAUGUGGCGAAAGCCCUUGGUAUAAAUUUAGAACUUGGCAAUGUACAAAAUGACAUUAGUUCCAGCAUAAGCUUAUUAUCAACGAGCUCUUCGUCGAGUAGUUUCUCUCAGACAGCUGCAUCCUCUACUACUGGUGCUGCUACGACAAUUGUUGGACAAGGUAAUGGACUGUUAAACGGUGUACCUGUUGUUUCUCCGAUUCUCGAUGCUGUAAUUGGAAGAGGCGAUGGAACCGGACUUGUCGCCCGAAUUGCAAACGCAUUGUCGAAUACAUCGACGUUCAGGACAGUUGUGAGGAGAGGAGUAUCCCAAGACACCCUAUCUAGAGUAUUACAGAGAAUCGUACAGUCGCUGGCUAAUGCUCUCGGCAUCGACGGAAAUAAUUUAUACAGAAUAGCAAUAGAAGCCUGCACUAAAGUUCCUGCAGGUUCUGAUACUAAUGCUUAUGCUCUAGCAUUUUCUACUGCCUUAGUCAAUGCCGGAAUUCUGAAUGACAGAAAUAUCGAUAUUUUGGGAUCACGAGUCUUGACAGCCGUUUUGAACGGAGUAUCAGAUGUGGCGAAAGCCCUUGGUAUCAAUUUGGAACUUGGCAAUGUACAAAAUGACAUUCGAUCCAGCGUAAGCUUAUUGUCAACGAGCUCUUCGUCGAGUAGUUUCUCUCAGACAGCUGCAUCCUCUACUACUGGUGCUGCUACGACGAUUGUUGGACAAGGAAAUGGACUGUUAAACGGUGUACCUGUUGUUUCUCCGAUUCUCGAAGCUGUAAUUGGAAGAGGCGAUGGAACCGGACUUGUCGCCCGAAUUGCAAACGCAUUGGCGAAUACUUCGACGUUCAGGACAGUUGUGAGGAGAGGAGUAUCCCAAGACACUCUAUCUAGAGUAUUACAGAGAAUCGUACAGUCGCUGGCUAAUGCUCUCGGCAUCGACGGAAAUAAUUUAUACAGAAUAGCAUUAGAAGCCUGCACGAAAGUUCCUGCAGGUUCUGAUACUAAUGCUUAUGCUCUAGCAUUUUCUACUGCUUUAAUCAAUGCCGGAAUUCUGAAUGACACAAAUAUCGAUAUUUUGGGAUCACGAGUCUUGACAGCCGUUUUGAACGGAGUAUCAGAUGUGGCGAAAGCCCUUGGUAUCAAUUUGGAACUUGGAAAUGUACAAAAUGACAUUCGAUCCAGCGUAAGCCUGCUAUCAACGAGCUCUUCGUCGUCCAGUUUCUCUCAGACAGCUGCUUCAACUACCAGUAGUUCUGCUACGUCAAUUGUUGGACAAGGCGCUAGAUCCGGAUUUGCCACCAGAUUUGCAAAUGCAUUAGCUACUACAUCCACAUUCAGGACAGUUUUGAGAAGAGGAAUAUCCCAAGAUACUCUAUCUAGAGUGGUACAGAGAAUCGUACAGUUGCUGGCUAAUGUUCUCGGCAUCGACGGAAAUAAUUUAUCUAGAAUAAUAUUAGAAGCCUGCACUAAGGUUCCUGCGGGUUCUGAUACUGAUGCUUAUGCUCUCGCAUUUUCUACUGCUUUAAUCAAUGCCGGAAUUCUGAAUGACACAAAUAUCGAUAUAUUAGGGUCACGAAUCUUGACAGCCGUUUUGAACGGUGUAUCAGAUGUGGCGAAAGCCCUUGGUAUAAAUUUAGAACUUGGCAAUGUACAAAAUGAUAUUAGUUCCAGCAUAAGCUUAUUAUCAACGAGCUCUUCGUCGAGUAGUUUCUCUCAGACAGCUGCAUCCUCUACUACUGGUGCUGCUACGACAAUUGUUGGACAAGGUAAUGGACUGUUAAACGGUGUACCUGUUGUUUCUCCGAUUCUCGAUGCUGUAAUUGGAAGAGGCGAUGGAACCGGACUUGUCGCCCGAAUUGCAAACGCUUUGUCGAAUACAUCGACGUUCAGGACAGUUGUGAGGAGAGGAGUAUCCCAAGACACCCUAUCUAGAGUAUUACAGAGAAUCGUACAGUCGCUGGCUAAUGCUCUCGGCAUCGACGGAAAUAAUUUAUACAGAAUAGCAAUAGAAGCCUGCACUAAAGUUCCUGCAGGUUCUGAUACUAAUGCUUAUGCUCUAGCAUUUUCUACUGCCUUAGUCAAUGCCGGAAUUCUGAAUGACAGAAAUAUCGAUAUUUUGGGAUCACGAGUCUUGACAGCCGUUUUGAACGGAGUAUCAGAUGUGGCGAAAGCCCUUGGUAUCAAUUUGGAACUUGGCAAUGUACAAAAUGACAUUCGAUCCAGCGUAAGCUUAUUGUCAACGAGCUCUUCGUCGAGUAGUUUCUCUCAGACAGCUGCAUCCUCUACUACUGGUGCUGCUACGACGAUUGUUGGACAAGGAAAUGGACUGUUAAACGGUGUACCUGUUGUUUCUCCGAUUCUCGAUGCUGUAAUUGGAAGAGGCGAUGGAACCGGACUUGUCGCCCGAAUUGCAAACGCAUUGGCGAAUACUUCGACGUUCAGGACAGUUGUGAGGAGAGGAGUAUCCCAAGACACUCUAUCUAGAGUAUUACAGAGAAUCGUACAGUCGCUGGCUAAUGCUCUCGGCAUCGACGGAAAUAAUUUAUACAGAAUAGCAUUAGAAGCCUGCACGAAAGUUCCUGCAGGUUCUGAUACUAAUGCUUAUGCUCUAGCAUUUUCUACUGCUUUAAUCAAUGCCGGAAUUCUGAAUGACACAAAUAUCGAUAUUUUGGGAUCACGAGUCUUGACAGCCGUUUUGAACGGAGUAUCAGAUGUGGCGAAAGCCCUUGGUAUCAAUUUGGAACUUGGCAAUGUACAAAAUGACAUUCGAUCCAGCGUAAGCCUGCUAUCAACGAGCUCUUCGUCGUCCAGUUUCUCUCAGACAGCUGCUUCAACUACCAGUAGUUCUGCUACGUCAAUUGUUGGACAAGGCGCUAGAUCCGGAUUUGCCACCAGAUUUGCAAAUGCAUUAGCUACUACAUCCACAUUCAGGACAGUUUUGAGAAGAGGAAUAUCCCAAGAUACUCUAUCUAGAGUGGUACAGAGAAUAGUACAGUUGCUGGCUAAUGUUCUCGGCAUCGACGGAAAUAAUUUAUCUAGAAUAAUAUUAGAAGCCUGCACUAAGGUUCCUGCGGGUUCUGAUACUGAUGCUUAUGCUCUCGCAUUUUCUACUGCUUUAAUCAAUGCCGGAAUUCUGAAUGACACAAAUAUCGAUAUAUUAGGGUCACGAAUCUUGACAGCCGUUUUGAACGGUGUAUCAGAUGUGGCGAAAGCCCUUGGUAUAAAUUUAGAACUUGGCAAUGUACAAAAUGACAUUAGUUCCAGCAUAAGCUUAUUAUCAACGAGCUCUUCGUCGAGUAGUUUCUCUCAGACAGCUGCAUCCUCUACUACUGGUGCUGCUACGACAAUUGUUGGACAAGGUAAUGGACUGUUAAACGGUGUACCUGUUGUUUCUCCGAUUCUCGAUGCUGUAAUUGGAAGAGGCGAUGGAACCGGACUUGUCGCCCGAAUUGCAAACGCAUUGUCGAAUACAUCGACGUUCAGGACAGUUGUGAGGAGAGGAGUAUCCCAAGACACCCUAUCUAGAGUAUUACAGAGAAUCGUACAGUCGCUGGCUAAUGCUCUCGGCAUCGACGGAAAUAAUUUAUACAGAAUAGCAAUAGAAGCCUGCACUAAAGUUCCUGCAGGUUCUGAUACUAAUGCUUAUGCUCUAGCAUUUUCUACUGCCUUAGUCAAUGCCGGAAUUCUGAAUGACAGAAAUAUCGAUAUUUUGGGAUCACGAGUCUUGACAGCCGUUUUGAACGGAGUAUCAGAUGUGGCGAAAGCCCUUGGUAUCAAUUUGGAACUUGGCAAUGUACAAAAUGACAUUCGAUCCAGCGUAAGCUUAUUGUCAACGAGCUCUUCGUCGAGUAGUUUCUCUCAGACAGCUGCAUCCUCUACUACUGGUGCUGCUACGACGAUUGUUGGACAAGGAAAUGGACUGUUAAACGGUGUACCUGUUGUUUCUCCGAUUCUCGAAGCUGUAAUUGGAAGAGGCGAUGGAACCGGACUUGUCGCCCGAAUUGCAAACGCAUUGGCGAAUACUUCGACGUUCAGGACAGUUGUGAGGAGAGGAGUAUCCCAAGACACUCUAUCUAGAGUAUUACAGAGAAUCGUACAGUCGCUGGCUAAUGCUCUCGGCAUCGACGGAAAUAAUUUAUACAGAAUAGCAUUAGAAGCCUGCACGAAAGUUCCUGCAGGUUCUGAUACUAAUGCUUAUGCUCUAGCAUUUUCUACUGCUUUAAUCAAUGCCGGAAUUCUGAAUGACACAAAUAUCGAUAUUUUGGGAUCACGAGUCUUGACAGCCGUUUUGAACGGAGUAUCAGAUGUGGCGAAAGCCCUUGGUAUCAAUUUGGAACUUGGAAAUGUACAAAAUGACAUUCGAUCCAGCGUAAGCCUGCUAUCAACGAGCUCUUCGUCGUCCAGUUUCUCUCAGACAGCUGCUUCAACUACCAGUAGUUCUGCUACGUCAAUUGUUGGACAAGGCGCUAGAUCCGGAUUUGCCACCAGAUUUGCAAAUGCAUUAGCUACUACAUCCACAUUCAGGACAGUUUUGAGAAGAGGAAUAUCCCAAGAUACUCUAUCUAGAGUGGUACAGAGAAUCGUACAGUUGCUGGCUAAUGUUCUCGGCAUCGACGGAAAUAAUUUAUCUAGAAUAAUAUUAGAAGCCUGCACUAAGGUUCCUGCGGGUUCUGAUACUGAUGCUUAUGCUCUCGCAUUUUCUACUGCUUUAAUCAAUGCCGGAAUUCUGAAUGACACAAAUAUCGAUAUAUUAGGGUCACGAAUCUUGACAGCCGUUUUGAACGGUGUAUCAGAUGUGGCGAAAGCCCUUGGUAUAAAUUUAGAACUUGGCAAUGUACAAAAUGACAUUAGUUCCAGCAUAAGCUUAUUAUCAACGAGCUCUUCGUCGAGUAGUUUCUCUCAGACAGCUGCAUCCUCUACUACUGGUGCUGCUACGACAAUUGUUGGACAAGGUAAUGGACUGUUAAACGGUGUACCUGUUGUUUCUCCGAUUCUCGAUGCUGUAAUUGGAAGAGGCGAUGGAACCGGACUUGUCGCCCGAAUUGCAAACGCUUUGUCGAAUACAUCGACGUUCAGGACAGUUGUGAGGAGAGGAGUAUCCCAAGACACCCUAUCUAGAGUAUUACAGAGAAUCGUACAGUCGCUGGCUAAUGCUCUCGGCAUCGACGGAAAUAAUUUAUACAGAAUAGCAAUAGAAGCCUGCACUAAAGUUCCUGCAGGUUCUGAUACUAAUGCUUAUGCUCUAGCAUUUUCUACUGCCUUAGUCAAUGCCGGAAUUCUGAAUGACAGAAAUAUCGAUAUUUUGGGAUCACGAGUCUUGACAGCCGUUUUGAACGGAGUAUCAGAUGUGGCGAAAGCCCUUGGUAUCAAUUUGGAACUUGGCAAUGUACAAAAUGACAUUCGAUCCAGCGUAAGCUUAUUGUCAACGAGCUCUUCGUCGAGUAGUUUCUCUCAGACAGCUGCAUCCUCUACUACUGGUGCUGCUACGACGAUUGUUGGACAAGGAAAUGGACUGUUAAACGGUGUACCUGUUGUUUCUCCGAUUCUCGAUGCUGUAAUUGGAAGAGGCGAUGGAACCGGACUUGUCGCCCGAAUUGCAAACGCAUUGGCGAAUACUUCGACGUUCAGGACAGUUGUGAGGAGAGGAGUAUCCCAAGACACUCUAUCUAGAGUAUUACAGAGAAUCGUACAGUCGCUGGCUAAUGCUCUCGGCAUCGACGGAAAUAAUUUAUACAGAAUAGCAUUAGAAGCCUGCACGAAAGUUCCUGCAGGUUCUGAUACUAAUGCUUAUGCUCUAGCAUUUUCUACUGCUUUAAUCAAUGCCGGAAUUCUGAAUGACACAAAUAUCGAUAUUUUGGGAUCACGAGUCUUGACAGCCGUUUUGAACGGAGUAUCAGAUGUGGCGAAAGCCCUUGGUAUCAAUUUGGAACUUGGCAAUGUACAAAAUGACAUUCGAUCCAGCGUAAGCCUGCUAUCAACGAGCUCUUCGUCGUCCAGUUUCUCUCAGACAGCUGCUUCAACUACCAGUAGUUCUGCUACGUCAAUUGUUGGACAAGGCGCUAGAUCCGGAUUUGCCACCAGAUUUGCAAAUGCAUUAGCUACUACAUCCACAUUCAGGACAGUUUUGAGAAGAGGAAUAUCCCAAGAUACUCUAUCUAGAGUGGUACAGAGAAUAGUACAGUUGCUGGCUAAUGUUCUCGGCAUCGACGGAAAUAAUUUAUCUAGAAUAAUAUUAGAAGCCUGCACUAAGGUUCCUGCGGGUUCUGAUACUGAUGCUUAUGCUCUCGCAUUUUCUACUGCUUUAAUCAAUGCCGGAAUUCUGAAUGACACAAAUAUCGAUAUAUUAGGGUCACGAAUCUUGACAGCCGUUUUGAACGGUGUAUCAGAUGUGGCGAAAGCCCUUGGUAUAAAUUUAGAACUUGGCAAUGUACAAAAUGACAUUAGUUCCAGCAUAAGCUUAUUAUCAACGAGCUCUUCGUCGAGUAGUUUCUCUCAGACAGCUGCAUCCUCUACUACUGGUGCUGCUACGACAAUUGUUGGACAAGGUAAUGGACUGUUAAACGGUGUACCUGUUGUUUCUCCGAUUCUCGAUGCUGUAAUUGGAAGAGGCGAUGGAACCGGACUUGUCGCCCGAAUUGCAAACGCAUUGUCGAAUACUUCGACGUUCAGGACAGUUGUGAGGAGAGGAGUAUCCCAAGACACUCUAUCUAGAGUAUUACAGAGAAUCGUACAGUCGCUGGCUAAUGCUCUCGGCAUCGACGGAAAUAAUUUAUACAGAAUAGCAUUAGAAGCCUGCACGAAAGUUCCUGCAGGUUCUGAUACUAAUGCUUAUGCUCUAGCAUUUUCUACUGCUUUAAUCAAUGCCGGAAUUCUGAAUGACACAAAUAUCGAUAUUUUGGGAUCACGAGUCUUGACAGCCGUUUUGAACGGAGUAUCAGAUGUGGCGAAAGCCCUUGGUAUCAAUUUGGAACUUGGAAAUGUACAAAAUGACAUUCGAUCCAGCGUAAGCCUGCUAUCAACGAGCUCUUCGUCGUCCAGUUUCUCUCAGACAGCUGCUUCAACUACCAGUAGUUCUGCUACGUCAAUUGUUGGACAAGGCGCUAGAUCCGGAUUUGCCACCAGAUUUGCAAAUGCAUUAGCUACUACAUCCACAUUCAGGACAGUUUUGAGAAGAGGAAUAUCCCAAGAUACUCUAUCUAGAGUGGUACAGAGAAUCGUACAGUUGCUGGCUAAUGUUCUCGGCAUCGACGGAAAUAAUUUAUCUAGAAUAAUAUUAGAAGCCUGCACUAAGGUUCCUGCGGGUUCUGAUACUGAUGCUUAUGCUCUCGCAUUUUCUACUGCUUUAAUCAAUGCCGGAAUUCUGAAUGACACAAAUAUCGAUAUAUUAGGGUCACGAAUCUUGACAGCCGUUUUGAACGGUGUAUCAGAUGUGGCGAAAGCCCUUGGUAUAAAUUUAGAACUUGGCAAUGUACAAAAUGACAUUAGUUCCAGCAUAAGCUUAUUAUCAACGAGCUCUUCGUCGAGUAGUUUCUCUCAGACAGCUGCAUCCUCUACUACUGGUGCUGCUACGACGAUUGUUGGACAAGGAAAUGGACUGUUAAACGGUGUACCUGUUGUUUCUCCGAUUCUCGAUGCUGUAAUUGGAAGAGGCGAUGGAACCGGACUUGUCGCCCGAAUUGCAAACGCAUUGGCGAAUACUUCGACGUUCAGGACAGUUGUGAGGAGAGGAGUAUCCCAAGACACUCUAUCUAGAGUAUUACAGAGAAUCGUACAGUCGCUGGCUAAUGCUCUCGGCAUCGACGGAAAUAAUUUAUACAGAAUAGCAUUAGAAGCCUGCACGAAAGUUCCUGCAGGUUCUGAUACUAAUGCUUAUGCUCUAGCAUUUUCUACUGCUUUAAUCAAUGCCGGAAUUCUGAAUGACACAAAUAUCGAUAUUUUGGGAUCACGAGUCUUGACAGCCGUUUUGAACGGAGUAUCAGAUGUGGCGAAAGCCCUUGGUAUCAAUUUGGAACUUGGCAAUGUACAAAAUGACAUUCGAUCCAGCGUAAGCCUGCUAUCAACGAGCUCUUCGUCGUCCAGUUUCUCUCAGACAGCUGCUUCAACUACCAGUAGUUCUGCUACGUCAAUUGUUGGACAAGGCGCUAGAUCCGGAUUUGCCACCAGAUUUGCAAAUGCAUUAGCUACUACAUCCACAUUCAGGACAGUUUUGAGAAGAGGAAUAUCCCAAGAUACUCUAUCUAGAGUGGUACAGAGAAUAGUACAGUUGCUGGCUAAUGUUCUCGGCAUCGACGGAAAUAAUUUAUCUAGAAUAAUAUUAGAAGCCUGCACUAAGGUUCCUGCGGGUUCUGAUACUGAUGCUUAUGCUCUCGCAUUUUCUACUGCUUUAAUCAAUGCCGGAAUUCUGAAUGACACAAAUAUCGAUAUAUUAGGGUCACGAAUCUUGACAGCCGUUUUGAACGGUGUAUCAGAUGUGGCGAAAGCCCUUGGUAUAAAUUUAGAACUUGGCAAUGUACAAAAUGACAUUAGUUCCAGCAUAAGCUUAUUAUCAACGAGCUCUUCGUCGAGUAGUUUCUCUCAGACAGCUGCAUCCUCUACUACUGGUGCUGCUACGACAAUUGUUGGACAAGGUAAUGGACUGUUAAACGGUGUACCUGUUGUUUCUCCGAUUCUCGAUGCUGUAAUUGGAAGAGGCGAUGGAACCGGACUUGUCGCCCGAAUUGCAAACGCAUUGUCGAAUACUUCGACGUUCAGGACAGUUGUGAGGAGAGGAGUAUCCCAAGACACUCUAUCUAGAGUAUUACAGAGAAUCGUACAGUCGCUGGCUAAUGCUCUCGGCAUCGACGGAAAUAAUUUAUACAGAAUAGCAUUAGAAGCCUGCACGAAAGUUCCUGCAGGUUCUGAUACUAAUGCUUAUGCUCUAGCAUUUUCUACUGCUUUAAUCAAUGCCGGAAUUCUGAAUGACACAAAUAUCGAUAUUUUGGGAUCACGAGUCUUGACAGCCGUUUUGAACGGAGUAUCAGAUGUGGCGAAAGCCCUUGGUAUCAAUUUGGAACUUGGAAAUGUACAAAAUGACAUUCGAUCCAGCGUAAGCCUGCUAUCAACGAGCUCUUCGUCGUCCAGUUUCUCUCAGACAGCUGCUUCAACUACCAGUAGUUCUGCUACGUCAAUUGUUGGACAAGGCGCUAGAUCCGGAUUUGCCACCAGAUUUGCAAAUGCAUUAGCUACUACAUCCACAUUCAGGACAGUUUUGAGAAGAGGAAUAUCCCAAGAUACUCUAUCUAGAGUGGUACAGAGAAUCGUACAGUUGCUGGCUAAUGUUCUCGGCAUCGACGGAAAUAAUUUAUCUAGAAUAAUAUUAGAAGCCUGCACUAAGGUUCCUGCGGGUUCUGAUACUGAUGCUUAUGCUCUCGCAUUUUCUACUGCUUUAAUCAAUGCCGGAAUUCUGAAUGACACAAAUAUCGAUAUAUUAGGGUCACGAAUCUUGACAGCCGUUUUGAACGGUGUAUCAGAUGUGGCGAAAGCCCUUGGUAUAAAUUUAGAACUUGGCAAUGUACAAAAUGACAUUAGUUCCAGCAUAAGCUUAUUAUCAACGAGCUCUUCGUCGAGUAGUUUCUCUCAGACAGCUGCAUCCUCUACUACUGGUGCUGCUACGACAAUUGUUGGACAAGGUAAUGGACUGUUAAACGGUGUACCUGUUGUUUCUCCGAUUCUCGAUGCUGUAAUUGGAAGAGGCGAUGGAACCGGACUUGUCGCCCGAAUUGCAAACGCAUUGUCGAAUACUUCGACGUUCAGGACAGUUGUGAGGAGAGGAGUAUCCCAAGACACUCUAUCUAGAGUAUUACAGAGAAUCGUACAGUCGCUGGCUAAUGCUCUCGGCAUCGACGGAAAUAAUUUAUACAGAAUAGCAUUAGAAGCCUGCACGAAAGUUCCUGCAGGUUCUGAUACUAAUGCUUAUGCUCUAGCAUUUUCUACUGCUUUAAUCAAUGCCGGAAUUCUGAAUGACACAAAUAUCGAUAUUUUGGGAUCACGAGUCUUGACAGCCGUUUUGAACGGAGUAUCAGAUGUGGCGAAAGCCCUUGGUAUCAAUUUGGAACUUGGAAAUGUACAAAAUGACAUUCGAUCCAGCGUAAGCCUGCUAUCAACGAGCUCUUCGUCGUCCAGUUUCUCUCAGACAGCUGCUUCAACUACCAGUAGUUCUGCUACGUCAAUUGUUGGACAAGGCGCUAGAUCCGGAUUUGCCACCAGAUUUGCAAAUGCAUUAGCUACUACAUCCACAUUCAGGACAGUUUUGAGAAGAGGAAUAUCCCAAGAUACUCUAUCUAGAGUGGUACAGAGAAUCGUACAGUUGCUGGCUAAUGUUCUCGGCAUCGACGGAAAUAAUUUAUCUAGAAUAAUAUUAGAAGCCUGCACUAAGGUUCCUGCGGGUUCUGAUACUGAUGCUUAUGCUCUCGCAUUUUCUACUGCUUUAAUCAAUGCCGGAAUUCUGAAUGACACAAAUAUCGAUAUAUUAGGGUCACGAAUCUUGACAGCCGUUUUGAACGGUGUAUCAGAUGUGGCGAAAGCCCUUGGUAUAAAUUUAGAACUUGGCAAUGUACAAAAUGACAUUAGUUCCAGCAUAAGCUUAUUAUCAACGAGCUCUUCGUCGAGUAGUUUCUCUCAGACAGCUGCAUCCUCUACUACUGGUGCUGCUACGACAAUUGUUGGACAAGGUAAUGGACUGUUAAACGGUGUACCUGUUGUUUCUCCGAUUCUCGAUGCUGUAAUUGGAAGAGGCGAUGGAACCGGACUUGUCGCCCGAAUUGCAAACGCUUUGUCGAAUACAUCGACGUUCAGGACAGUUGUGAGGAGAGGAGUAUCCCAAGACACCCUAUCUAGAGUAUUACAGAGAAUCGUACAGUCGCUGGCUAAUGCUCUCGGCAUCGACGGAAAUAAUUUAUACAGAAUAGCAAUAGAAGCCUGCACUAAAGUUCCUGCAGGUUCUGAUACUAAUGCUUAUGCUCUAGCAUUUUCUACUGCCUUAGUCAAUGCCGGAAUUCUGAAUGACAGAAAUAUCGAUAUUUUGGGAUCACGAGUCUUGACAGCCGUUUUGAACGGAGUAUCAGAUGUGGCGAAAGCCCUUGGUAUCAAUUUGGAACUUGGCAAUGUACAAAAUGACAUUCGAUCCAGCGUAAGCUUAUUGUCAACGAGCUCUUCGUCGAGUAGUUUCUCUCAGACAGCUGCAUCCUCUACUACUGGUGCUGCUACGACGAUUGUUGGACAAGGAAAUGGACUGUUAAACGGUGUACCUGUUGUUUCUCCGAUUCUCGAUGCUGUAAUUGGAAGAGGCGAUGGAACCGGACUUGUCGCCCGAAUUGCAAACGCAUUGGCGAAUACUUCGACGUUCAGGACAGUUGUGAGGAGAGGAGUAUCCCAAGACACUCUAUCUAGAGUAUUACAGAGAAUCGUACAGUCGCUGGCUAAUGCUCUCGGCAUCGACGGAAAUAAUUUAUACAGAAUAGCAUUAGAAGCCUGCACGAAAGUUCCUGCAGGUUCUGAUACUAAUGCUUAUGCUCUAGCAUUUUCUACUGCUUUAAUCAAUGCCGGAAUUCUGAAUGACACAAAUAUCGAUAUUUUGGGAUCACGAGUCUUGACAGCCGUUUUGAACGGAGUAUCAGAUGUGGCGAAAGCCCUUGGUAUCAAUUUGGAACUUGGCAAUGUACAAAAUGACAUUCGAUCCAGCGUAAGCCUGCUAUCAACGAGCUCUUCGUCGUCCAGUUUCUCUCAGACAGCUGCUUCAACUACCAGUAGUUCUGCUACGUCAAUUGUUGGACAAGGCGCUAGAUCCGGAUUUGCCACCAGAUUUGCAAAUGCAUUAGCUACUACAUCCACAUUCAGGACAGUUUUGAGAAGAGGAAUAUCCCAAGAUACUCUAUCUAGAGUGGUACAGAGAAUAGUACAGUUGCUGGCUAAUGUUCUCGGCAUCGACGGAAAUAAUUUAUCUAGAAUAAUAUUAGAAGCCUGCACUAAGGUUCCUGCGGGUUCUGAUACUGAUGCUUAUGCUCUCGCAUUUUCUACUGCUUUAAUCAAUGCCGGAAUUCUGAAUGACACAAAUAUCGAUAUAUUAGGGUCACGAAUCUUGACAGCCGUUUUGAACGGUGUAUCAGAUGUGGCGAAAGCCCUUGGUAUAAAUUUAGAACUUGGCAAUGUACAAAAUGACAUUAGUUCCAGCAUAAGCUUAUUAUCAACGAGCUCUUCGUCGAGUAGUUUCUCUCAGACAGCUGCAUCCUCUACUACUGGUGCUGCUACGACAAUUGUUGGACAAGGUAAUGGACUGUUAAACGGUGUACCUGUUGUUUCUCCGAUUCUCGAUGCUGUAAUUGGAAGAGGCGAUGGAACCGGACUUGUCGCCCGAAUUGCAAACGCAUUGUCGAAUACUUCGACGUUCAGGACAGUUGUGAGGAGAGGAGUAUCCCAAGACACUCUGUCUAGAGUAUUACAGAGAAUCGUACAGUCGCUGGCUAAUGCUCUCGGCAUCGACGGAAAUAAUUUAUACAGAAUAGCAUUAGAAGCCUGCACGAAAGUUCCUGCAGGUUCUGAUACUAAUGCUUAUGCUCUAGCAUUUUCUACUGCUUUAAUCAAUGCCGGAAUUCUGAAUGACACAAAUAUCGAUAUUUUGGGAUCACGAGUCUUGACAGCCGUUUUGAACGGAGUAUCAGAUGUGGCGAAAGCCCUUGGUAUCAAUUUGGAACUUGGCAAUGUACAAAAUGACAUUCGAUCCAGCGUAAGCCUGCUAUCAACGAGCUCUUCGUCGUCCAGUUUCUCUCAGACAGCUGCUUCAACUACCAGUAGUUCUGCUACGUCAAUUGUUGGACAAGGCGCUAGAUCCGGAUUUGCCACCAGAUUUGCAAAUGCAUUAGCUACUACAUCCACAUUCAGGACAGUUUUGAGAAGAGGAAUAUCCCAAGAUACUCUAUCUAGAGUGGUACAGAGAAUAGUACAGUUGCUGGCUAAUGUUCUCGGCAUCGACGGAAAUAAUUUAUCUAGAAUAAUAUUAGAAGCCUGCACUAAGGUUCCUGCGGGUUCUGAUACUGAUGCUUAUGCUCUCGCAUUUUCUACUGCUUUAAUCAAUGCCGGAAUUCUGAAUGACACAAAUAUCGAUAUAUUAGGGUCACGAAUCUUGACAGCCGUUUUGAACGGUGUAUCAGAUGUGGCGAAAGCCCUUGGUAUAAAUUUAGAACUUGGCAAUGUACAAAAUGACAUUAGUUCCAGCAUAAGCUUAUUAUCAACGAGCUCUUCGUCGAGUAGUUUCUCUCAGACAGCUGCAUCCUCUACUACUGGUGCUGCUACGACAAUUGUUGGACAAGGUAAUGGACUGUUAAACGGUGUACCUGUUGUUUCUCCGAUUCUCGAUGCUGUAAUUGGAAGAGGCGAUGGAACCGGACUUGUCGCCCGAAUUGCAAACGCAUUGUCGAAUACAUCGACGUUCAGGACAGUUGUGAGGAGAGGAGUAUCCCAAGACACCCUAUCUAGAGUAUUACAGAGAAUCGUACAGUCGCUGGCUAAUGCUCUCGGCAUCGACGGAAAUAAUUUAUACAGAAUAGCAAUAGAAGCCUGCACUAAAGUUCCUGCAGGUUCUGAUACUAAUGCUUAUGCUCUAGCAUUUUCUACUGCCUUAGUCAAUGCCGGAAUUCUGAAUGACAGAAAUAUCGAUAUUUUGGGAUCACGAGUCUUGACAGCCGUUUUGAACGGAGUAUCAGAUGUGGCGAAAGCCCUUGGUAUCAAUUUGGAACUUGGCAAUGUACAAAAUGACAUUCGAUCCAGCGUAAGCUUAUUGUCAACGAGCUCUUCGUCGAGUAGUUUCUCUCAGACAGCUGCAUCCUCUACUACUGGUGCUGCUACGACGAUUGUUGGACAAGGAAAUGGACUGUUAAACGGUGUACCUGUUGUUUCUCCGAUUCUCGAUGCUGUAAUUGGAAGAGGCGAUGGAACCGGACUUGUCGCCCGAAUUGCAAACGCAUUGGCGAAUACUUCGACGUUCAGGACAGUUGUGAGGAGAGGAGUAUCCCAAGACACUCUAUCUAGAGUAUUACAGAGAAUCGUACAGUCGCUGGCUAAUGCUCUCGGCAUCGACGGAAAUAAUUUAUACAGAAUAGCAUUAGAAGCCUGCACGAAAGUUCCUGCAGGUUCUGAUACUAAUGCUUAUGCUCUAGCAUUUUCUACUGCUUUAAUCAAUGCCGGAAUUCUGAAUGACACAAAUAUCGAUAUUUUGGGAUCACGAGUCUUGACAGCCGUUUUGAACGGAGUAUCAGAUGUGGCGAAAGCCCUUGGUAUCAAUUUGGAACUUGGCAAUGUACAAAAUGACAUUCGAUCCAGCGUAAGCCUGCUAUCAACGAGCUCUUCGUCGUCCAGUUUCUCUCAGACAGCUGCUUCAACUACCAGUAGUUCUGCUACGUCAAUUGUUGGACAAGGCGCUAGAUCCGGAUUUGCCACCAGAUUUGCAAAUGCAUUAGCUACUACAUCCACAUUCAGGACAGUUUUGAGAAGAGGAAUAUCCCAAGAUACUCUAUCUAGAGUGGUACAGAGAAUCGUACAGUUGCUGGCUAAUGUUCUCGGCAUCGACGGAAAUAAUUUAUCUAGAAUAAUAUUAGAAGCCUGCACUAAGGUUCCUGCGGGUUCUGAUACUGAUGCUUAUGCUCUCGCAUUUUCUACUGCUUUAAUCAAUGCCGGAAUUCUGAAUGAAACAAAUAUUGAUAUUUUGGGAUCACGAGUCUUGACAGCCGUUUUGAACGGAGUAUCAGAUGUGGCGAAAGCCCUUGGAAUCAAUUUGGAACUUGGUAAUGUACAAAAUGACAUUCGAUCCAGCGUAAGCUUAUUGUCAACGAGCUCUUCGUCGAGUAGUUUCUCUCAGACAGCUGCAUCCUCUACUACUGGUGCUGCUACGACAAUUGUUGGACAAGGUAAUGGACUGUUAAACGGCGUACCUGUUGUUUCUCCGAUUCUCGAUGCUGUAAUUGGAAGAGGCGAUGGAACCGGACUUGUCGCCCGAAUUGCAAACGCAUUGGCGAAUACUUCGACGUUCAGGACAGUUGUGAGGAGAGGAGUAUCCCAAGACACCCUAUCUAGAGUAUUACAGAGAAUCGUACAGUCGCUGGCUAAUGCUCUCGGCAUCGACGGAAAUAAUUUAUACAGAAUAGCAAUAGAAGCCUGCACUAAAGUUCCUGCAGGUUCUGAUACUAAUGCUUAUGCUCUAGCAUUUUCUACUGCCUUAGUCAAUGCCGGAAUUCUGAAUGACAGAAAUAUCGAUAUUUUGGGAUCACGAGUCUUGACAGCCGUUUUGAACGGAGUAUCAGAUGUGGCGAAAGCCCUUGGUAUCAAUUUGGAACUUGGCAAUGUACAAAAUGACAUUCGAUCCAGCGUAAGCUUAUUGUCAACGAGCUCUUCGUCGAGUAGUUUCUCUCAGACAGCUGCAUCCUCUACUACUGGUGCUGCUACGACGAUUGUUGGACAAGGAAAUGGACUGUUAAACGGUGUACCUGUUGUUUCUCCGAUUCUCGAUGCUGUAAUUGGAAGAGGCGAUGGAACCGGACUUGUCGCCCGAAUUGCAAACGCAUUGGCGAAUACUUCGACGUUCAGGACAGUUGUGAGGAGAGGAGUAUCCCAAGACACUCUAUCUAGAGUAUUACAGAGAAUCGUACAGUCGCUGGCUAAUGCUCUCGGCAUCGACGGAAAUAAUUUAUACAGAAUAGCAUUAGAAGCCUGCACGAAAGUUCCUGCAGGUUCUGAUACUAAUGCUUAUGCUCUAGCAUUUUCUACUGCUUUAAUCAAUGCCGGAAUUCUGAAUGACACAAAUAUCGAUAUUUUGGGAUCACGAGUCUUGACAGCCGUUUUGAACGGAGUAUCAGAUGUGGCGAAAGCCCUUGGUAUCAAUUUGGAACUUGGCAAUGUACAAAAUGACAUUCGAUCCAGCGUAAGCCUGCUAUCAACGAGCUCUUCGUCGUCCAGUUUCUCUCAGACAGCUGCUUCAACUACCAGUAGUUCUGCUACGUCAAUUGUUGGACAAGGCGCUAGAUCCGGAUUUGCCACCAGAUUUGCAAAUGCAUUAGCUACUACAUCCACAUUCAGGACAGUUUUGAGAAGAGGAAUAUCCCAAGAUACUCUAUCUAGAGUGGUACAGAGAAUCGUACAGUUGCUGGCUAAUGAUCUCGGCAUCGACGGAAAUAAUUUAUCUAGAAUAAUAUUAGAAGCCUGCACUAAGGUUCCUGCGGGUUCUGAUACUGAUGCUUAUGCUCUCGCAUUUUCUACUGCUUUAAUCAAUGCCGGAAUUCUGAAUGAAACAAAUAUCGAUAUUUUGGGAUCACGAGUCUUGACAGCCGUUUUGAACGGAGUAUCAGAUGUGGCGAAAGCCCUUGGAAUCAAUUUGGAACUUGGUAAUGUACAAAAUGACAUUCGAUCCAGCGUAAGCUUAUUGUCAACGAGCUCUUCGUCGAGUAGUUUCUCUCAGACAGCUGCAUCCUCUACUACUGGUGCUGCUACGACAAUUGUUGGACAAGGUAAUGGACUGUUAAACGGCGUACCUGUUGUUUCUCCGAUUCUCGAUGCUGUAAUUGGAAGAGGCGAUGGAACCGGACUUGUCGCCCGAAUUGCAAACGCAUUGGCGAAUACUUCGACGUUCAGGACAGUUGUGAGGAGAGGAGUAUCCCAAGACACUCUAUCUAGAGUAUUACAGAGAAUCGUACAGUCGCUGGCUAAUGCUCUCGGCAUCGACGGAAAUAAUUUAUACAGAAUAGCAUUAGAAGCCUGCACGAAAGUUCCUGCAGGUUCUGAUACUAAUGCUUAUGCUCUAGCAUUUUCUACUGCUUUAAUCAAUGCCGGAAUUCUGAAUGACACAAAUAUCGAUAUUUUGGGAUCACGAGUCUUGACAGCCGUUUUGAACGGAGUAUCAGAUGUGGCGAAAGCCCUUGGUAUCAAUUUGGAACUUGGCAAUGUACAAAAUGACAUUCGAUCCAGCGUAAGCCUGCUAUCAACGAGCUCUUCGUCGUCCAGUUUCUCUCAGACAGCUGCUUCAACUACCAGUAGUUCUGCUACGUCAAUUGUUGGACAAGGCGCUAGAUCCGGAUUUGCCACCAGAUUUGCAAAUGCAUUAGCUACUACAUCCACAUUCAGGACAGUUUUGAGAAGAGGAAUAUCCCAAGAUACUCUAUCUAGAGUGGUACAGAGAAUCGUACAGUUGCUGGCUAAUGUUCUCGGCAUCGACGGAAAUAAUUUAUCUAGAAUAAUAUUAGAAGCCUGCACUAAGGUUCCUGCGGGUUCUGAUACUGAUGCUUAUGCUCUCGCAUUUUCUACUGCUUUAAUCAAUGCCGGAAUUCUGAAUGAAACAAAUAUCGAUAUUUUGGGAUCACGAGUCUUGACAGCCGUUUUGAACGGAGUAUCAGAUGUGGCGAAAGCCCUUGGAAUCAAUUUGGAAUUUGGUAAUGUACAAAAUGACAUUCGAUCCAGCGUAAGCUUAUUGUCAACGAGCUCUUCGUCGAGUAGUUUCUCUCAGACAGCUGCAUCCUCUACUACUGGUGCUGCUACGACAAUUGUUGGACAAGGUAAUGGACUGUUAAACGGCGUACCUGUUGUUUCUCCGAUUCUCGAUGCUGUAAUUGGAAGAGGCGAUGGAACCGGACUUGUCGCCCGAAUUGCAAACGCAUUGGCGAAUACUUCGACGUUCAGGACAGUUGUGAGGAGAGGAGUAUCCCAAGACACUCUAUCUAGUGUGGUAAAGAGAAUCGUACAGUCGCUGGCUAAUGCUCUCGGCAUCGAUGGAAACAAUUUAUACAGAAUAGCAGUAGAAGCCUGCAAUAAAGUUCCUGCAGGUUCUGAUACUAAUGCUUAUGCUCUAGCAUUUUCUACUGCCUUAGUCAAUGCCGGAAUUCUGAAUGACAGAAAUGUGGGUGUUUUGGCAUCUCGAGUCGUUUCAGCCGUUUUGAGAGGAGUGUCAAAUGUGGCGCAAUCUCUUGGUAUCAAUUUAGAUCGUGGAAAUAUUCAGAAGGAUAUUCGUUCGAGUAUUAGCUUGCUGUCAAGCAGCUCUACAUCUAGCAGUAUGUCUCGGACUGCUGCGUCCACUUUCAGUGGUGCCUCUUCUUCAACUGUUUUGACUGGCGCUGGCAGAUCUAAGGUUUUGGGAGGUGCUACUCAGUUAGGCGGGAGAAGCCAGACUUUUGGUAUGGCUUCAACUACUGUUGGUAAAUCUGCUGAAAUAUCAGUAAGAUCCACUCUCAAUUCUCCCAAUGGAUUGAAGUCUGAUUCAGCUGCAGCUAGAAUUAACCAAAUGAGGUCAACUCUACUAAAAGCACUUAGCCCCAGUGGGGUAGAUCCCAAUACUCUUGCUGGCAGUCUCCAAGCAAGUUUUUCGAAUCUUAGAAGUUCAGGCAUGUCUUCGAGCGAUGCGAAAGUUGAAGUUUUGCUAGAAACUAUAGUUGGUCUACUUCAGAUUCUGAGCAAUGCCGAAGUUCAUGAAGUUAAUUCGGCUACCUCGUCUUCUGUGAUCAGCUCUGCAGUCAGGUCGUUUGAAUUAGCUUUACCUUAAGUGUUAGUAGUUGUUUUAUUUCAGGAAAAUUUUCUUCGAUUAUCUAAUUAUGACUAAUUCUUUUAUUUACAAUAAAUCAUUUUUAAAAGGCA